AUGUCUGAUAAACCAGUCGUAGCUAGUGGCAAUCAGCCGAUAGUUAAAAUCGGGCAUUAUACGUUGGGUACCACGCUAGGGGUGGGCACAUUCGGUAAGGUGAAGAUAGGAGAACACCAACUCACUAAACACAAGGUCGCCGUGAAAAUCCUCAACAGACAGAAAAUAAAGUCUCUAGAUGUCGUUGGAAAAAUCAGACGUGAGAUACAGAACCUUAAACUGUUCAGACAUCCACAUAUCAUCAAAUUGUACCAGGUCAUAUCAACACCGACGGACAUAUUUAUGAUAAUGGAAUAUGUCUCCGGUGGUGAAUUAUUUGAUUAUAUCGUCAAAAGAGGCAAACUUCAAGAGCAUGAAGCGAGAAGGUUCUUCCAACAAAUCAUCUCGGGUGUUGACUACUGUCAUCGACACAUGAUAGUUCAUAGGGACUUGAAACCGGAGAAUCUGCUGUUGGAUCAUAACAUGCAUGUCAAGAUUGCCGACUUUGGUUUGUCAAACAUGAUGAUGGAUGGAGAGUUUCUACGGACUUCUUGCGGUUCACCCAACUACGCUGCUCCAGAAGUGAUAUCGGGAAAGCUGUAUGCAGGUCCAGAGGUAGAUGUGUGGUCAUGCGGUGUUAUUCUAUACGCGCUCCUGUGUGGGACACUGCCGUUUGACGAUGAGCAUGUCCCGACAUUAUUCAGGAAGAUCAAAUCCGGCAUAUUCCCUAUCCCGGAAUACUUGAACAAGACGGUAGUGAGCCUGCUGUGUAAUAUGCUGCAAGUGGAUCCUAUGAAGCGGGCUACGAUCGAAGACGUCAAGAAGCACGAAUGGUUCCAGAAAGAUCUACCUGGUUAUUUAUUCCCCUCGCCCGUGGAGCAGGUGGAUAGCAGCGUCAUAGACACGGAGGCUAUCUCGGAGGUGUGCGAUAAGUUCGGUGUGAAGGAACACGAGGUGCACGCGGCCCUGCUAUCAGGAGACCCUCACGAUCAGCUAGCCAUAGCCUACCACCUAGUCAUAGACAACAAGAGGAUCGCCGACGAGGCCGCCAAGGCUGAGAUUAAGGACUUCUAUGUGGCCAGUGAGCUAGUGUGUUUAGAUAGUUCUCCCCCGGCGGUAACAGAGAGCGGGCGGCCACAUCCGGAGAGGAUCGCGCCACUGAGGGACAAGCCUUCACCAGCCCCCGCCGCUGACAAGAGGGGAACUCCUGUCAAGAGGGCUAAAUGGCAUUUGGGCAUCAGAUCCCAGAGCAAACCAAAUGACAUAAUGCUGGAAGUGUUCAGAGCUAUGAAGGCAUUGGAUUAUGAAUGGAAGGUCAUCAAUCCAUAUCAUGUUAGGGUGAGAACAAUGAACAAAAUGACACAGAAAUAUGUGAAGAUGUCACUACAAUUAUACCAGGUUGACUACAAGUCAUACUUGUUGGACUUCAAGUCUCUGUCAGGUGAGAGGGAGGAGUCUGAAGGGGAUGUGUCCCCGCCCCCAGCAUCCCCUGUACCAGUUCAAAUACCUCAUCAGCAUCACGGACAUCACACUAUGGAGUUCUUUGAGAUGUGUGCCGCACUCAUCAUACAGUUAGCACGAUAG